AAUGCGCCAUUUUGUUUUUUUGAAAGCCGCCAUAAAACAAAAUAGAAGGAAAAUGCAGAAGCGGAAGAAAUAUUACACAUAGGCACGUGGUUUAUGGUUAAAUAUUACGAACGUCUUGAACGUUGUAAUUGGUUUUAGAGCAGUAACUAGUCCAUCCGAUUUGCACUCCAAUUUAGAGAAGCAGAAACAAUAGUUUGUUAUUACGGCUCAAAGGAACCGUGUACGCGGAAGUCUUUUUGGACUCAAAUUAGCAAAGGGGUGAUGUGAAACGACGCAGUAACAUACAGUACCCACGAACGCAGAAACAAUGCUAAGGUGAAAACCAUGGAGGCCGAACAGCGGAAGACGGUCGGAGGAAACGCGGACUGGAUGUCCCGUCUGCCGCGGGAGCUGCUGGAAGUCCCGCUGUGGAACCUGGCCAUACCAGGGAGCCACGACAGCAUGUCUUUCUGUCUGGAUGUCUCAUCUCCUGUGCUGAGGUCAGAGCCCUGUCUCCUCAGACUGACUGACUGGCUGUUUCCCUGCUGGACCCGACCCUGCGUGUACCGCUGGGCCACAACACAGCAAUCUGUCCUAAGUGAGCAGUGUGACCUCGGAAUUCGUUUCUUCGACUUGAGGAUCACCAAGAAGCCAACGGGAGGCAACAAAUUGUUCUUUGCCCAUGGCAUCUACACACUUAUCACUGUCAAGGAGGCUUUAGAUGAACUGGCUGCUUGGCUACAAACUCACCCUAAAGAGAUUGUAAUUAUUUCUUGCUCACACUUUGAGUCUCUGACUGACGAAGACCACGAACACCUUGUGGAAUUCAUUGUCACGCUGUUUAAAGAGAAGCUGUGCUGCUCAAUGGAAACACCUUCUCUACAUUCCUGCUGGUCCAGGGGUCAGCAGGUUGUUGUUACUUACAGCAACCAACAAGUGGUGCUGGAGCACCCUGAACUGUGGCCUGAGAUCCCUUACUGUUAUGCUGACAGCUCAGAUCCUAGGAAGGUGAUUGCUUAUCUGGACAACCAGAAACUCAAAGGAAGACCAGAUAGGUUUUACGUCAGUGGUCUCAACCUGACCGAGGAUGCUCCUUACAUCCUGCUACAUCCAUUUCAGAACAUGAAGGAGAUGACAGCCAAGGCUCUCUCGCUGCUACUCACAUGGGCUAGUGAGCAGCGGGCAGGCCCUGAGGCAGAUGCAAUCAACAUCAUUUGCUGUGACUUUGUGGGUCUGAGUGAGUUCUGCUCCCUUGUGAUAGACCUAAACUACAGAGCGCUUGAUAGCACUCUGGAUGCUCGUCCUGUCUGCUGGGAACCAACACCGUGUAUCUCAGACGAGAUAGGCCAUUUCCAUAGCAACCAGAUCCAAAUCUCCUAAAAGUUGCUAUAUCUCACUUUUGUCUGCAGAGGAAGAGUGGAAGUAAUGACCUUCAUCAGCAGGAGGAACAUUUGGUUUAUAAGGACAAAGUGGAAACAUAAAUGAAAGAAUUAACCUAAAAUGGGCAGUCGACUUUUUGGUGGCAGAGCCUAUAUGAACACAGGUCCAGUGUAAGAACACAUGUUGAACAAAUCUACAGCUGUACUGUUUCUAAUUAACUGAGACUAACUUAGAAUAUUUGUCCAGUCUGAUUUAUAUUGCAGAAACAUUUUGACUAUUUAUAAUUCCAAUUAAAAGAUCUUUAACAUUUGGUAUAAUAAAAUUUGACAUUUUUUAACUGAUCUUUUAAAUUGUCAAGCUAUUUACAAAUUUGUUUUGAACAAAGUUCUUUUGCAAUAUGUACAAACACAUUUGAGUAUUCUACUAAAUGAUUUAUUGGUGCUUUUUAAACCUAGCAGGAGUAUGUUAAUGAAAGUUAAUAUGGAGGAAGACAGAUCACAUGUAUUUGUCCCAUCAUUUCUCUGGUUCCGUUUCCUCUGGGUCUGGUUAAGCCAAGGUGCAACUGUCCACUAACUGCAUUUUGACCAGCGUGGCUUCAGUGAUAAGAAAUCAAGUGCUUCAUUUUGGCCAAAUAAUCAACAUAACUGGAAUUGAACUUGAAUUGAAUAACUUUGCACAGUCCCUUUUGUAAACAUGUCAAUAUUUAAUUUUUAUGUCAAUGAUCCUAUAAGUGUCUUUGAGUACAGAACCUAAGCCAAGUGUGUUGUUUAUAGUGAUUUAUAUGUAAAACUAAUUCAUCAUUAGUUAUAAACUAUACAUUGGAGGAAAAACACUUCACUGAAUCAUUGUUCAUGCUUCUGCCCUUUUUUUCAGAAUGAGAAAAAGAGUUCACUUUGACUCGGUGAACCUAUCUUUACAAAACACUGGAAAUGGAGGAGGAAAAAGUUCAAAUGAAUGAUUUAGAAAUGGUCUAUAAAGAAGCUGAUUUUU